UUCAAAUCCAAUAAAUGCACUCUCAACCGUUUCCUCAUAACUUUCUUUGUCUCUCUUUCUCUCUCAAAUCUCAAUCUCUCUUCUAAAUUGUCGUUCGUUCCUUUUUAUUUCACUUCCUUUCUUAUUCUUAUCACUUCAGUUUUAUCUUUAUCUUACUUCCAAAAAACUUUCCCAAUUUGAACAAAAGAGUGUCCAAAUGAAACAACUAUUUUAAUUUCAUUUCUAUUUAUUCUCUGAUCCGUUUCUUAAUUUGCAACUUCUAACCGACCGGGUCGAUAUGAGUCAACUCGGUCUCAUAUUGCAGGAAUCGCUACGUCCUCAAAGAGAAUCAAGAACAAUUCUCGGUUUAUUAACGGAACAAAUGGACGGCGUAGAUUUAGGAACAUCGAGAAGGCGUAGUCUUAAAGAACGGUUCAGAUUCAUCGGAAUGGGUUGUUGUGGAGCCACCUGGGUUUUCCGUCCAAUUAUCAGGCACGAGAGAGAAAGAGAAGCUACGGAACAGGUUCAAGAUCUGAACCCGGUUGAACCGGAAUGUGUGAACCCGGGAUCGUCUGGUUCUGGAAUGAAUCUAGCGACGGCGUUGGCGGCGGAGCGUCAGAUGAGGGGAUCGGAGGAGGCGAGUGGCGGAGAAGGAGGGACGCCGUGGAGAGUUUCGUUGAUGAAACUGUUGGAAGAAAAGGAAGUUGAAAAUGAGAGUACUACAGUGGAGGGGAAUGAUACGGUGUGUUGCGUGUGCAUGGGAAGGAAGAAAGGUGCAGCGUUCAUACCGUGUGGACACACUUUUUGUAGAGUGUGUUCAAGGGAAUUGUGGUUGAAUCGAGGAAAUUGUCCCCUUUGUAAUCGUUCUAUUCUCGAGAUUCUCGACAUUUUCUGAAAUUCAUUACCAACUUUCUUGGAUCCUCUAUUUUUUUUGUUGUUAGUAAGAAAAGAAGCUCUGGUAAUUUUUCAUUUUA